AUGGAUGAAAGGGAUAUUAUCAGAGAUUUUUCAAAGGAAAUAGAUAAUUUUAAAAAGAAUUUAUUAAAUAUAACGUUUGAUUACACAAAUUUACAAAGUAAAAAACUUGAAAAAUUUUCAAAAUAUUGCAGGAAAUAUCAAGAAACUAUAGAUUAUCAGAAUAGGAUAAUACAAUCUUUAGUUGAAGAGAAAAAUAAAGAAAUUCAAACAAUUCAUGAGCAUAAAAAUCAUUUAAAAAAAGACAAACAUCAAGAUUUAUUAUUAGACUAUAGUAAUUAUAUUAAAUCAUUUUGCAAAAAAAAUUCAGAAUAUGAUGCAUUGUUAUUCUUUCUUGAAAGAUAUGAAAAAAUGAAAGAUUCUCUACUUUAUUUAUCAAAAAAAUAUAGAAAAGAUAAAAAAAUGUGGAAAGAAUAUAUAAAUUAUUAUGAAAUAGAUAAAAAAUCUAAGGAUUUUGGAUUGUUUAAGGAUAGAUGCAAUUUAAAAGAAAAGGGAAAUUUAGAAGAAAGCAAUGUUUCGGAUUCAUUAUCGAUAAAUAAAAUAAAUUCAAAUAAGUUGAAAGCAAAUUCCGAGACUUUAGAAUCUUUAGUAUUAACCAAUUCUUUAAAACCUAAUAUGAGCCCGUCAUCAUCAAUUUUAUCAGAAUGUCUUGACAAAUAUAUUUUUGACAAUCAAAAAGAUGCUUGUCAUAUAACUGAAUACUUAUAUAAUGAUUCUACAACAGAAGAUGAAAAUGAAGCGAUAAAGCCAUGCUUUGAUGAUUCUAAUAUAAAAAAGUCGUUUAAAAAUUCUAAAAUAAAUGAAGAAGAAGAAUCUAUUUUAUUUAAAUCUGUUAUAUCAGAUAAUAAUACAGAAAUUGUUAAUUAUAAUUUAGGUGAUAUAAGGAAAAGUGAAAAUAGUUCUUUAAAAUCUUUUCCUACAAAAAAUAUUGAAGGUUUUCAUGAUAUAGCAAAAAAUCCUCAAAUAAUGACACCCGAAUCUAAAUUGGUUGAACAAAAUACAACACUAAAUAUAUCUAAUUUCUUACCAACACCUAAACCAGAUUCUAAAUCUAUAUAUCUAAAAACUCAAUCUUUCAAUAAACAGAGAGAUUCAAAUAAGGAAAAUAUAUCAAAAAUUUCUACUGAUUUUGGUAUGUCUCACACUUUUUCAACAUUUAGUAACGUUCAAUCAUUAGUUAGCGAAACAAAGCAUAUUCAGAAAACAAACAAGGAAUCUGCUAGUAAUAUUGAUUUAUCAUCAAUAUUAUCGAAAAAAAAAAAUGAUAUACUAAUUAUAGAUUCUUUUUCAGAAAAAGAAAUCAUAAAAAACACUUUUGUUACAGAAAAAAGUAAUUCAGAUAAAAAUACAAAUUUAAAACGUGGAAUUUCUCCUCAGAAUGAUGAAAACAAUAAACUAGAUAAAAAAAAUGAAUUUACAUUUAAUUUCAAUUUUAAUAACAAAAAAUUAGGAAGAUAUGCAAAAAAAUCUAAAAGCACAGAAGAAUCUUUAAAUGAUUAUGUUAUCGAUUUAAAUAAAAAUGAUAAGAUUCCUUAUGCAUAUGAUGAAGUAGUUAGAGAUAAAGCAUCCAGAAGGCAUCUUCCUGCAUGUGCAUGUGACAAUUGUAUUAAGUUUUUUGAAGCACAUGGCCCAAUUGCCACUAUUUUUAAACCUAAAUGGAGAUCACCUUUAAAAAAGAAAACAUAUACAGAUUCAGAUAAAGAACAUAUUUAUAGAAAUCUUCAAGAAGUAUCUCGACAUAGAUCUGCUUUUUUUAGACCCAAAACACCACCUGGAUUUUGGGAAUCUGAUUUCCCAAGUACACAACAGGAAGAAAUUUAUAGGAAACAAGCACAAGUACAGAACUACGAAAGACUUAAAAAAAGACAACUUGAGGCAGAAAGAGGAGGAAGAUGGAAAAAGAAAGUCUAA